AUGCCGAUGGAGUUCGGCUUCUCUGCCGAUGAUUUUCAGGGAGAUGAUUGGUGGGCGCCAGAGUGGCUAUUGAAGAAGCUGCAGGCCCUGGAGGACCAGUUAAGCCUGCAGGGAGUUGGAUUUGGUGCCGCCUUGCUGAUGGCUGCAUCCCCCUUUUCGGGUGUGGUCAAGGUGCUGGUGGAUCAAGCGCAGCUUGCCCAAGACGGCGCAGGCCCGCGCAGCCAUGCAGAAGCGCCAGGAGCACUCGCCAGAACGCCCCCUGUGGACAACGACACGCGCCAGCCCGCACAGCUCAUGAAGAGGUUUUCGUUGGAGGCCCUGGCAAGGGAGUUGCAGUUGCCGAAGGCAAAGCGCAUGAGCGUUUGGAAGCUCCGAGCGCGUUUGAUGGAAAUCCCACUGCCCGAGGACCCAGAAGAAAGAUUGGAGUGGUUGCACGUACUUUACGGCUAUACCAAAUGCAAGGAGGACCCAAAGUGGACUUCUCUGCCUCCAAGGCCGGUUUCAGGCGAGGGGGCAGCUUUCCUCCAGGAGCUGAUGGAGCAUCGGGGCAAGCCGCUGGCGUGGCGCAAGAGUACUUGGCGGGCCCUCUGUCUGCGCUGUCACCCGGACAAGAACCAGGACAGAGAGGCCGCCACGCGCACAUUCCAGGAGCUCUCGGAACUGAAGCCAUGGUUCUUGCCCGACGUGUGA